GUCUGAUGGAAAAUUAGGGAAUACUAAGAGAAAAGAGAGAACCAAAGUGUUGAGUUGUUGAUUAAUUGUUCAUUUUUAACAUAUGUAGAAAGGGCCAAGAAUCAAAAGCUUGUUACAAUUAUCACUGAACUUCGCAAUUCUUGAAAGUUUUCAAGCUUAAAGAAAGCUGAGUGAAAGUUACAAAAUGGAGCAAAAUAGCAUAUGGAAAAAUCUACCAGUUGAUGUAUUGGAAGAGAUUAUGAAGCGUUUGCCCCUUAGAGAAUAUCUUGAAUUGAGAUCCAUAUGCUUUCCUUGGUGGAUAUCAGUCUGUAAUGUCAUUGCAAAAGAGCAUUGCCCCCCUUUACCAGAACUGCCGCUAGUUUUACUACGAAAUGAAGAUUUAAUGCUUUUCAGCUUGAGUACAGAAAGUGUACAUCGCCUUAAAACAACACUGCUGAAGCGCGCUCAUAUAUGUCAUGGCUCAGUUGAAGGAUGGUUGAUUGUGAGUGACAAUACUGUAAAAGGUUCUGCCACAUUUUUUUUCUUGAAUGCAGUAACUAAAGAUAGAAUCAUGAUACCAUCAAAGUUGUACUUUCCAUCCAAAUCUCUCGUCCAAGGUCAUAGAUAUAUGGCAAAAAUGGUAGCCUCUUCCAAACCAGUUCGAGAUUGUUAUUUAGCUGGUAUUCUGAAUGAUUUUUGUCAGAUUGCAAUUUAUAAACUCUUUGAAAAAUCAUGGACUAUAAUUGAGCCAGAUAAGGAUUCGAGGAUUUAUUUUAAGGAUUUGGAAAUCAUUGGUACGAAAUUGUAUGUAAGAACCGACACAAUCUCACAUUCCAUAUUGGUUUAUGAUCUCAAAGACUCCACUAAUGGACCUCCGAAGGCUGAAAUGUUGACUAAGCUUCCAAAAUUAAGGCAACUAGUAUCAAGUAGUAUUGGUAACCAUUGUAUCGAUGUCGAUCAUACUUUAUGUUUUCUAGCCAAAGAUGAGGCGUCAAGAGAGUUAUACUUGAUUUACAUGAUGUGUAACAUGGAGUACACAGUUGAAUACAACACUGUCUCAGCAUUUGUAAAGCCACCUGAGUAUACCACGAUUAAAGUGUUCAAACUGGAGAUGAACAAGGAGCCUAUUGGGUGGCAGAAUGUGAGGAUGGAUGAUAGAGUGGCUUUUGUUAGUAGUUACAAGUGCAUGGUAAUGUCGAGGGAUAAACUUAACUACAAUAAAGAGUUAAUUAGAGGGAAUAGCAUAUAUAUUGCGCUUAAUUUCCCAUGUCCUAAGAGUCCAUGGUCAGGUUUCCAGUUGGGGGUGUUCUGUUUGACUAAUAGAAGCAUGAAAUACUUUCCUUUCGAUACAUCAAAUCACUGUCGAGUUCCUCGUUCUUUAUGGUUUGUACCAAGUUUGUGAUAGUUCCACUAUGUCGGCACCUACAUAUGUUUUCCCUGUCAAGCUAUGAAUGAGAAACAUUGUUUCAUAUUCCUCUGUUUCUUAAAGGCAAGGUAUUUCUACAAAAAUUGGAAGAAACAUUGUUCUAUCGAUGAUAAUAAUAUGUCCAAGUAAUGUAGUCAAUCAUAAUCUAUAGUAAUCCAACAUAAAGUAAAAUUUUCUCAACUUCAUAAGGUUGAGUAUUCAAAUAAAUAUAUAAAAGGUUAAAUAAUCAAGUCUGUCUAUGUUUUUAUUCCUUUUAUUAUUCAUUUUAAUAAAAAAUAAAAUGUUGUUUUUACGAUUAAAGAGGUCAUUCAAACAUGAUUUAAUUUACACUGAAAAUAGUAACUACAAAAAAUAGUUAAAAAGAAUUGUUCAGAGAGCUAUCAAACUCAGCACCAAAGGUUGGUUCACCACAGCACCAACAUCAGGAUUAUAGAAGAUAAAGAUAACUAAUUUCACUCAAUGACAGGUCUUCAACACUGACAGAUUAUAGACACUGUUGGGAAAAGAAGAGAGUAAGGAAGUGGCUUUGAAGUAAAGGUGUGCGGUGAGAGCGGCAAAAAUGCCAUCAAGACAAGGGUAAUGAUAAAGUAUAGCAUGGCUUUUGAGAUGUGCUGUUUGGUUUGUAUCAGCAACAUCGUUGAGUUGUUGAAAAUUUUAGUUUAAAAAAGUGAUUUUUUUAGUACAAAAAUGAGCUCUAGUUAUUAUGUUUGUACAACAAUUUGGACACUGCCAACUGCUGCAUCAAAGAAAAAACAGUUUCCCUUGUUUUCUUGCCAUCCCUUGGUUAUGGCAGAUUUUAAUAUUUUCCUAGCUUUUUUUAUCAAUGACCUUUCAAGGUGCUGAUAUAUAAUGACAGUACCUAAUUGUACUCUUUUAAAUAAAGGAUAGUCCUGUUUCAUUUAUAAUUUUGCAGUUCUCUUUUUAUGUACAAUAACAGGAUGAGUUUAUAAUCUGAAUUUAUGU